CGCGCAGGGGGCGGGACCGGAACAGGGGGGGUGGGGAGGAGGGCAAGAUGGCGUCCGGCGAGUAAUUCUCUCCAAUCCCCCCAGCGGCUGCUGAGACACCGGGGCGGGGGGUCCUGCCUCCACUGCUUCCCUUCCUCCUCUCCCCCGCCCCUGGAGGCCUCCUCCUUCCCUUCCUCACUCCACCUCGGGGGGCGGGCCUGGUUCCCGGGGCACCAUGUCGGACUCUGAGGAGGAGAGCCAGGACCGGCAACUGAAAAUCGUCGUGCUAGGGGACGGCACCUCCGGGAAGACCUCCUUAGCUACGUGUUUUGCUCAAGAAACUUUUGGGAAACAGUACAAACAAACUAUAGGACUGGAUUUCUUUUUGAGAAGGAUAACAUUGCCAGGAAACCUGAAUGUUACUCUUCAAGUUUGGGAUAUAGGAGGGCAGACAAUAGGAGGCAAAAUGUUGGAUAAAUAUAUCUAUGGAGCACAGGGAAUCCUCUUGGUAUAUGAUAUUACAAAUCAUCAAAGCUUUGAGAAUUUAGAAGAUUGGUAUACUGUGGUGAAGAAAGUGAAUGAGGAGUCAGAAGCUCAGCCACUGGUUGCCUUGGUUGGAAAUAAAAUUGAUUUGGAGCAUAUGCGAACAGUAAAACUUGAAAAACACUUACGGUUUUGCCAGGAAAAUGGUUUUAGUAGUCACUUUGUCUCAGCCAAGACAGGAGACUCUGUCUUCCUGUGUUUUCAGAAAGUCGCUGCUGAAAUCCUUGGAAUCAAAUUAAACAAAGCAGAAAUAGAACAGUCACAGAGGGUGGUGAAGGCAGAUAUUGUAAACUACAACCAGGAACCUCUGUCAAGAACUGUUAACCCUCCUAGAAGCUCUAUGUGUGCAGUUCAGUGAGCACAUUUUUCUUUUGUGUUGAUAGUUCUGGCUGCCCCUCACCUCUGGGUGGGCCUGAGGACUUCUAGGAACUUGUUUUAUCAGUGACCAUCUCUACUUCGGUUAACACUUUCCUCCCAGCUCGCUUCAUCAUUAAGUGUUGCCUCACAGCCGCAGCUCCUUGGAUUCAAAAGAAUUCAACUUCGGGACCACACACUUUGAAUUCAAAAUCCAAAGCCCAUUCUCUGGAAUUAGAUUGCUUCAUUGAAAAAGAAUGAUGUUGCUUUCUGUAUGUCCUCGCUUUGUUUUUCCCUGAUGUAAAUUUUUUUAACUAAAUACGAAAACUCUCUAAGUCUUUGAUCGCCAGCCGGGAUUUUGCCACAGCACAGUUUCAUGCUUUUAUCUGAACUGGCAUGUGUUGAAGUAUGCUCUAGAGUGCAAACAUGAAGCAAGUAACGUAUUUUACCUACAGAUACAUAAGAAGGCAUUCUUUUGCUGCCUAUUGUAAGUGAAGAUAUAUAAAGCUGUAUCUAACUGAAAAUGCUUGAAAUAAGGCUGUAACAGAAAUAUUUUUUCAUUUUUUAAAAAGGGGCCUAAAUUGUUUAUAUUGUAGUUUGUAACUCACAAAGUAGUGAGUAUUUGAUAUUGUAUUUUUAUUACUGUAUCAUGUUCAUUAUGUUUAAUAGGUUAGAUGGCUGUAUGAUUUUGAUAAAUGUUCAGCUGAUGCUCCACAUGGAAUUUCUCUUGCAAACCACAUAAGCAUACUCCCAGAAUGAGUUUUGACACACUGUUGGAUCAUUAUGGGUCAGACUGUACCUGAUGUUCAGAUG